GAAAACCAAAAGAACAAAAAACAAGGAAAAUAUAGUAAUAUACUUAUGGGUUCUCUAACAGCUUCACCAAAACUACUAGUAGUUCACUUUAACAAUGAAGAAUUAAGGCCAGGCACAAUCACUUGGGAAUCUACAUGUAAAGAAAUUAGGUAUGCCUUUGAAAACCAUGGUUGCUUCAUAGCACUUUAUGACAAAAUCUCACCCCAACUUCAAAAAUCCAUUUUUCAAGCUAAUAGUCAACAAUUAUUUGAACUCCCUUUAGAGAAAAAAGUCUUAAACACAAGUGAAAAGCCUUAUCAUGGAUAUGUUGGCCAAAUUUCAUUUCUACCUAAUCAUGAAGCUUUUGGUAUUGAUUAUGCAACUACUUCUCAAGGUAUUCAAAGCUUUUCCAAUCUCAUGUGGCCUCAAGGAAAUGAAUCUUUUUGUGAGAGUUCAUUGAUGUUUUCCAAGAUUAUGGCGGAGUUGGAUAAGAAGGUUGUUAGAAUGUUGUUUGAGAGCUAUGGAAUCGAGAAAAAUUGUGAAUCAUACGUUGAAUCAACCACGUAUCUCCUUCGAUACUUGAAAUACGAUGCACCAAAGACGAUGGAAACUAGUAUGGUUUUUCCCCCACAUACCGAUAAAACGUUCACAACCAUACUAUACCCAAAUCACAUUUCAGGUUUGGAAGUUCAAACUAGAGAUGGUCAAUGGAUAACUCUUGAGUUUCCACCAUCUUCUUUUGUAGUCAUGGCUGGUGAAGCAAUCAGAGGAUGGAGCAAUGAUAGGGUGCUUAGUCCAAUUCAUAAGGUAAUUAUGGAUAUAAGUGGGAGUGAAACAAGAUACACUAUUGGAUUAUUUACUUUUUUAAAGGAUGAUAAAAUUAUACAAGUGGCAGAAGAAUUAGUUGAUGAAGAACAUCCAUUGAAGUUCAAGCCAUUUGUUCAUCUUGAUUUGAUCAAGUUCUUUGAUACAGAACGUGGUCGAAGAUCGCAGAAUUUAGUUAAAGAUUUUUGUGGUGUUUGAAAUUAUAUGAAUUUUUCAUAUAAUUUAUGUUUGGUUUCUUUUUAUUUCUAUAUUCCAACCUAGUAAUUUACUUCUUAUGUGUCUUGUUUGUAUAAUGAAUCCAAUAAAAUAUUGUACGUGAUAGUA